UUUGGCAUUCUUGAUAGAAAGCCAACAUCAACUGGAUUGCUUCUUGCAGAGCACUGGUCCACACAAACAGGCCAGCAGGGGACAGAUGGAUUCACAGCAACCGUCUGGACAGGGAUGACCCUGAAAAGGCCCAUUCACUUUCCACCCUUUUCCCCAUCUGCAGAUUUUCCUCCUUCCAUCCUCUGCUGUUCUCACCGUCCGUUCACUCCACCGCAAAAGUCAUAGUAGAAAUGAACAACCAUCCAGUGUUCUGACUUUCUACGUUUUUUCUGCUAGACCUCCAUUUCUAGCUCCUCUGGGUGGUCACUUGCUCAUUCACAGAAUCUUGUUUCUAAACUUGUCUUCUGAAGAUUCCCCAUGGGUCGUAACCGCAGCCGUUCUCCACGGAGGGAGCGCAGGCGGUCCCGGUCCACAUCUCGUAAGAGAGAACGCAGGCGCAGAGAAAGGUCCCCGCCCCAGGAGAGAGAUCCUCGACGGAGCCGCUCUGGUUCUCCGCACAGAAGAGGCUCCAGAUCCCCAAGACGGCAUAGAUCCACAUCUCCUUCCCCUUCUCCACUAAAAGAAAGAAGAGAUGAGGAAAAGAAAGAAACAAAGAGCAAAGAACGUCAGAUUACUGAGGAGGGCUUAGAGGGAAAAACAGAGGAAGAAAUCGAGAUGGUGAAGUUAAUGGGAUUUGCCUCUUUGGGCUCCACAAGAGGGGAAAAAGGUGGACGGCUCUGUAAAUAAAUGCCUAUGCCAUAAAUGUAUCUCAGAAGAGGAAGUACAG